GCCGGAACGAGCACCGCCUGGGCUGGAGCGGACGGCUUUAGAAGAGCCUAGCUGCUGCGUGCGUCGGAGAGGCUUCUGGGAAACUCCCACGGCCCAGGGACUUUCGAAAGCAGAGCUAGGAGCCCUCGCAAGCGCUAGUCUGCGAGUGAGCGCUCAGCUCAGCACCUGUUCCUCCAGCGCCGCCGCUUUCCCACCCCUCGGACCCGCGCCGCUCGCGGCGCCCGCCGGCUCCUGCGAUGAAUCCGGCCCUGGGCAACCAGACCUACGUGGCGGGCCUGUUCCUGGCUAACAGCAGCGAGGCGCUGGAGCGAGCCGUGCGCUGCUGCACCCAGGCGUCCGUGGUGACCGACGACGGCUUCGCGGAGGGAGGCCCGGACGAGCGCAGCCUGUACAUAAUGCGCGUGGUGCAGAUCGCCGUUAUGUGCGUGCUCUCACUCACCGUGGUCUUCGGCAUCUUCUUCCUCGGCUGCAAUCUGCUGAUCAAGUCCGAAGGCAUGAUCAACUUCCUCGUGAAGGACCGGAGACCGUCUAAGGAGGUGGAGGCAGUGGUCGUGGGGCCCUACUGACCCGCCCUCCGCCCCCGCGGCAACCGCUCCCACGCCUGCCCACUUUGCCAGCCCGGCUGUGCCCCUCACUGUCAGAGACUGGGCGAAGCAAACCUGUCGGAGUCAAUUAUUUCUCUCGACUUCGGCCUUUCGGAAAGAAGCGACCGGUUUCUCCCUCGCCCUCUGAAAGUCCUCAUGCCUGGCAGUCGGAGGAGAGCGCCCGGACUUCUGGACUCAGCAGAAAGUGGCAAGAAGAAGGCGAUUAGGGCGCAGAACUUUGGAAGCUGCUACUUACUUGGAAUGCGGGGAGAACGACGGGGCGAAGGCCCUUCUCCACCCGCAGGUGGGCCAAGCUCUGGGGGCAAGUGGAGAGGGAGGGCAGGGGAGAGACCCAGCGGCACUGAUCGCCUUGUGACCGGAAAAGUGACCUGUUAAAAGCCACGCAGCAGACAUCAUGGGGUCUCACAAAUCCGUGUCCGGGUGUGCUCCCACUCUUCUCCUGCUCCCCACCAGCCCUGGAGGGGAGAGGCGAUAAAUACCUUUGAUUGUAACGUGCCGUUUUAAGAGGUUUUGUGUUUGUUUGCUUGAAUACAAAUAUUUGAUAAGUCUUUUUCUGCCCCAGUGGCCUGUUUGCCUGCCUGAGGGGUUAAAGUUUUGUCAUUGUGGGAGAAGGGGUGGGGGGAGGGGAGCCUGCGACUUUGAGGGGGGUGAGUUGUUUCUUUUAGUGCAUUUCCCACUGGGUCUUUUGGGAGGUGUCUAGCGUUCCUGCUGGCCCUGAUACAAAGACCCAGAAUAGAACUCGUAGCUCGUGACUGCACGGUUUACGCCACAAAAGUGCUCUUGACAUCCGUGACACCGUUUUGACUUUUUGGUUUUUUUCUUAUUUAACAUUUCCUUAAUAAAUGCAACAUUUAAGCGUUU